UCUUCGCGUUGUUUCAAACAAACUAGACUAUAUUGCACACCAAAUAGACUCUUCUGGUUCAUUUUAAGCAGGAUAGGAAUCAUGUCAAGUGGAAUGAAUGGAUACCAAUUAUUUUGUAAAGAAGAAGCUUCUAACGAUGACUCCUUAAAGUCUUUGACAUUUCACGUUAGAAAUAUUGAAUUGGGACAACGAUGGCGCUGCCUGGAUGAAAGCCAACGAGAAGGCUAUAUAAAUAGGGCAAAGACAGAUUGCUCUGUUUUAGACCACGAAACGCGCAAGAAACGAGAGUUGAAAAAAAUUUUGAAGAAGUUGGAUGCUUUGAAAGGAAUGAACAUUGAUUACUUUUUCGUGGCUGCCGUGGAAUCUGGUGUUGAAGUGCAUGGCUCAAAGUCUGCCUUACAAUACUGCAAAAGAAAGAGCAUCCCCGCUUCAUUUUAUGCUUUUGUAAACAGCUCUGGAGCAAUUGAGUCAAACGACAACGUUGAAACUGUUACCGAUAAUCGCAUGGCAAGAUUGAAACAGAGGAGGAAAUCUUUGCGUGAUAUUUUAAAUCAGAAAUACUUUAAGUAUGAACAUAUAACUAAUUGUAAAACUUUUUAGAUGGAAUAUGAAAAGGUUGUUCUUGGUCAAUAUUUCUUGAAAUAAGUACAAUUACUUAUGCAGGAAAUUUUGUAAUAUUUGAAGCAAUGAUUAGUAAAA